AUGGUCCCCGGAUGGCUCCAGACACUUCUGAGCACAAACAAGAGUGCGCCAAAGCUCUAUGCCUGGAGACCGUCUGAUAUAGAGGAUCCGACCCUCUCUGAAAAUCAGGCUAAGAUCGCAAGCUCUGAGCUUGUUCGUCAGGCCGACGAGUCACAGAUCUACGUUCUUGGUGUGGGAAAUCUCGGCGUCCUUUUUGCUACUUCGCUUGCAUCGCUGCCAAACCCACCUGCUAUCACGCUCGUUUUGCACAGAACGGAACUUCUGCUCUCCUGGCAACAGGAACCGGGCCUCGAAAUCACCAGAGGCGGUGUGUUCCACAAGCAUUCAGGAUUCGACGUCGAGUUGUGGUCCGAAGAACCACCGCCAGGUCGUCAACCUCGCGAAGUUGCCAAUGGCCAGAAAAUUCGCAAUCUCAUCGUUACCACUAAGGCGGCUCAAGCUCUACCGGAAGUUGAUCGCGUCCGUCGUUAUCUCAAUAGCGACUCCACGGUGGCUUUCGUCCAAAACGGCAUGUGCAAGAUGUGGCCACCGCACGGAACUACCUACAACUCGGAGCGUUAUUCGCAGGGCCAGCCAACCCAACACCCCAACUGGCUGGCUUGCGUGACAACGCAUGGUGUUACUUCCGCAGGCCGCUUUAGAAGCGUGCACGCGUCCGAGGCGGAUGUCAAGGUUGGCCCAGUCCUCUUGAGUACCAAGUCUCCCGAAAGCGCGACCUAUCUCUCUGAUGCUCUGGUUCGAGCACCACAUCUCAAUGGAACUUCUGUUGCACGACAUGAUCUUUGGAUCCUUCAACUGGAGAAGCUGGUGGUCAAUUCCAUCAUCAAUCCGCUCACCGCCAUCCUCCGUUGCAAGAAUGGAAAGCUGUUCGCGGAAGAGGGUAACAUUGUCGCACAAUUAAUGGACAGAUUGCUACAAGAAGCAAGCGGGGUACUCCGAGCUCUGGUUGCCGACAGCAUCGCCACUUCGAUUUUGCAAGCGACGCCCAAUGGGGACCACGUAUCAAGAGACACAACAGUUUCCCCCGAGGACCUCGCGAAGCGCUUCUCUCAUGCUCGACUCAAGGGGAUGCUCUACGAAGUCGGUCACAAAGUCAGGGAGAAUACGAGUUCAAUGCUGCAAGACGUUCGAGCUGGAAAGCAGACCGAAAUCGACGAGUUCAACGGCUGGCUUGUCGAAACGGCAGCAUACCUGGGAGACAAUUUGGAUGUCACCAGUCACAAGAUCCUGAUCGAUCUUGUGAAGAAAGGUGUCAUUCUGGACACGGAUUCGCUCAGUUCUCAUUUCCCCCAUUUGUGA